CAAGAAUUCAUACAGCAACCCAAAUGACCAUCACCACCCAGACACCGGAAACCCUAAGCAGCCAGGACACGCGGUUUCUGGCCCGCCAAAACACCAUCACCAACACAGCCGGCUACUCCGGGGACAACCUGCAAGCCAACCUUCUCAUUCUGCCUGAGGAAUACAGCCAGGACUUCCAUAAUCUCUGCCUCCGCAACCCCGUAGCCUGCCCACUGUUAGGAAUCAGCAGCAUCCCGGGAAACCCCCACAAAAUCUCCCCAACGCCAUGCAUCCGUAACAGCGACUUUGACAUCCGCACCGACUGUCCUGCAUACCGAGUAUACAAGAAAGGGAAAUGCAUCGCGGCCAACAAACGCGACCUGCUGGACCUAUGGUCCACGAAUGAUGAUGAAGAACAACAAAGUUCAGAAAACUACACAGCCUUCCUCCUAGGCUGCUCCUACAGCUUCGAAGCCGCUCUCUGCAAUGCCACCCCGCCUCUAACCCCACGACACCAAGUAACCAACACCCUCGUGCCAAUGUAUCGCACCUCGCUACCUCUCUCGCCUGCAGGGAUCUUCACCAACGCAACAUGCACCGUGUCUAUGCGCCCAUACCACGAAUCAGAGGUCGAGCGGGUGCGGAACAUCACGCGCCCGUAUCUGGCCACGCACGGGGAGCCGAUUGCUUGGGGCUGGGAUGCGGUGAAGCGCUUGGGCAUUCGGGAUAUUCACGAUCCGGAUUUUGGGGAUAAGGUUGAGUUUGGGGAGGGGGAGGUGCCUGUCUUUUGGGCGUGUGGAGUGACGCCACAGAUGGCGGUCGAGGCGGCCGGGGAGAAGAUUGAUGGGUUGGUAUUUGCGCAUGAGCCAGGGCAUAUGCUGGUUACGGAUUGGGUGGUGGAGGAUUUGGAGAGGUUGAAGGGGGGGAUCGCGGCUUUCCGAGCAAAGAUUUGAUGGUACUCUACAUACACGAUAGAAAGAGCUGUUAUGAAGCGGGCAGCGUCUUGGAUACUAGAACAAUG